UCUCUUUGACAAGUCAGGACGAUGGUGAGCUCCCCGCCGGCGCACGGCCGCACACUGAACCAAGCAUGCAAUGUUGCUCUCAUCGAAACGGACACAGAUGGAUAGUCUCGUUCAACCACUUGUUGCCCAGUAUCUCGCUAUGGGCUGCCAAUCCAAAGAAAAUGGACAAAAUGAAAAUGUGGGCUCGAAUGGAAAGGAAAAAGAACAUUCACAUCUCUCUCCGGGACCAGGUAGUGGCUCCAGAUCUAAGGUCUGUCCACCGGUGCCUGCCCGGCCUCAGCGGUUCAACAGGCCCAACCAGGCCCAGAUGACCCAGGGCAAGGUCACAAUGUCUCUGCCAGGACACUUCACAAAGGGGGCCAGCUGGGAGGAGGUGAUCCAGGCCUGUAUCCAGUCCUUUGACGUGGAGGGCUCUGUAUGUGGGAGCAGCCACCUGAUGAACAUCACCCUGACCAUGCACCGACUCCUCAUGUCCUCCAGUGACCUCCUGGAGAAACUCACCUCCCUAUUUAAAAGCGCCGUGGAGAAUGAGCAGUCCACAGAAUGUGAGAGGAUCUGCUACUUCAUCAGGUAUUGGAUCCAGGAGUUCUGGACAAUGUUCCGGUUGCACAGCAGCCUGUCUGACUCCAUGGAACAGUUCCAGGAUCUGAUCAGAGAUCAGGGCCAGGAGAGGCUGUGCCCUCUGUUGCAGACUCAAUGGAUAAAUGACAGGCACUGGUCUCAGAAGCCCAGUCAGAAAAUCAAGGCUAACAGCAGUAAGAAGAGGAAAGUGUCUCUGCUGUUUGAUCAUCUGGAGCCCAUUGAGCUGGCUGAGCACCUCACCUACCUGGAGUUCAAGUCCUUCUGUAGAAUAUCAUUUGCAGACUACCAGAACUACAUCCGCAGUUGCUGCAUGAAGGACAACCCCAUGAUGGAACGUUCCAUUACAUUGUGUAAUGGUAUCUCACAGUGGGUGCAGCUCAUGGUUCUGAGUCGGCCUACAGCUCAGCUGAGAGCAGAGGUUUUCACCAAGUUCAUCCAUGUGGCUCAGAGCCUUCAUCUUAUGCACAACUUCAACACACUAAUGGCUGUGGUGGGGGGCCUGUGCCACAGCUCCAUCUCCAGACUUAAAGAGACCAGUUCACAUGUAUCCCACGAGGUCACCAAGGUGCUGAAUGAGAUGACAGACCUCCUGUCCUCCUGUAGGAACUAUGACAACUACCGUCAGGCGUACAGCAGGUGUGCAGGCUUUAAGAUCCCCAUCCUGGGGGUCCACCUCAAGGACCUGAUCUCAGUCAACGAGGCCAUGUCAGACUAUGUAGAGGACAACAAGGUGAAUGUUCAGAAGCUCCAGGCUCUGUACAACCACAUCAACGAGCUGAUCCAGCUACAGCAGAUCACCCCACAGCUCGAUGCCAACAAAGACCUGGUCCACCUUCUCACGCUGUCCCUGGACCUCUACUACACAGAGGAUGAGAUUUAUGAGCUGUCUUACACCAGGGAGCCCAAGAACAGCAAAGCACCCCCCGCCACCCCCUCUAGACCUCCAGUGGUUGUGAACUGGGCUUCAGGAGUGCCCCCAAAACCUGACCCAAAAACCAUCAGCAAACAUGUGCAAAGAAUGGUGGAUUCCGUGUUUAAAAACUAUGACCAUGAUGAGAAUGGCUUCAUCUCUCAAGGGGACUUUGAGAAAAUUGCUGCUAGCUUUCCAUUCUCCUUCUGUGUCAUGGACAAAGAGAAGGAAGGCCUCAUCAGCAGAGAGGAGAUCACAGCCUAUUUCAUGCGUGCUAGUGUCAUCUGUUCCAAACUGGGUCUUGGCUUUGUCCACAACUUUCAGGAGACCACCUACAUGAAGCCCACAUUCUGUGACAACUGCUCCGGAUUUUUGUGGGGCGUCAUAAAACAAGGCUACAGAUGCAGAGACUGUGGUAUGAACUGCCAUAGGCUGUGUAAGGAUCAGGUGGCGUUUGAGUGUAAGAAGAAUGCCAAAGGCAGUAGCACCUCUGAAGGUCCACUAACGCCAGACUCCACACCCGGUACCACAUGUGGCCCGGAAGGCUCAGAAGAGGGGCCUUUCCCGUACCCCUCAGAGGAAUGUAGGGACUGGAGCCUUGACUCACCGGCCCCCUCCCAUCUGAAGCUCCCCCCUGAGCUGGCCAUUCCUGUGGGGGUCCACCGCAGCACCCAGACAGAGGAACCCCACGCCCCUGCCCCCCCUCCAGAGCCUAGUCGGCUGCAGCCAGUACAGUCCUCUCUCCUGGCCCCUGUACCCUCCUCUCUCUUGGCCCCCGUACCCCCCUCCCUCACCCCAUGCCCCAGCCCGGUGCCCCAACGCAAACGACGGGCCUACGCCAAGUGGGAGAACAGAGUCUCUACAGUGCUACAGCCCAAGGAGCCGGACGAAGACAACAAACCCACCUAUGAUAAUCUAGAAACGGAGAACCAGAAGCUUCAGAAGAACAACGAGACGCUGCGUAAGAAGCUGAGGGAGACGCAGCGCGAGGUAGAGAUCCUGCAGACACUCCUAAAGAGGCACGCCCUUCACUCCGUGGUGGAGGACUCUUCCUCCUCCUCCUAGCCAGGAACGCCCCUCAGCCGGUCAGACACACCCACUCUAUGACAUCACAGGUGAUGCUCAGCCAUCUGUCUCCAGAGCCACUGACAGUACUGUAUGUCUUGGAGGACCCUAGUGCCACACAGUCGAGAAGAUACACAAAGGGACCAAAAACUCCCUGUGAGGAGACGCCGUUGCUCACAGUAUGGUAUAUACAGCCAGUCUUAACACCAGUUGCAGCCAAUCACAGCCAAAACGGGGUUAUGAGGCAAAACCAAUGAAAGUACCGUCCUGAAUAGGACAGACAAUCAAUUUACAGUACCAGCCAUCAUGGAACAUAGCCAAAACAUAUCCAAUCAGUGUGCCAUCGGCUUUGGGACUCUGACAAUCAGAAAACCACACAGUAUGGCAGAAAGGCCAGGAAACUGGAGAAGUUCAUUCAGGUGGACUGUGUAGUUAUUGUCCUGCAUUAGGUAAUAACAAGAAUGCAUAUUGUAUACAACAUGUAAAUCCACGUGAUUUCAAUGUUACUGUCCAUAUUUAUUGUUAAAACACUACAAACUCUAGAAAAAGAUAAGCUGUUCCAUUUUUUUUAUACAGGUAGAUAUAGACAAAUAAUAGUUUUUAUGUAUGUGUAAGACAUUUUAUCGAAAGAAUACAUUCAACCACAGUUUUCUCAUGUAUAUUUCAUCAGCUCAGGGUUGUCCAUAGUAGCAAUUAACAUAAUAUUAGAUGUUUCACCAAUGACAUACCAUGUAAAUACCCUAAGCGCAUGAUAUAUUGUGGUGCCAUCGUACAAGUAUUUCUCUCAAGAUGUCCUCUCUCAGUAUUGCUGUCAUAAUGAAUGUUAUAAUAAAGACAUAUUCUCUAUUA